AUGAAAUUCAACACUAUGCAAAGAGCUUACUGGCUUCCCACUGGAAAAGAAGACCAGAGCUCAAUUAUGCCUAGUGAGCGGGAUCUAAGGACCAAGAUUGAGUCUGGCAUACCGGACUUGCACAACUUGAUCGUCACAGAUAUCUCUAAUGGUUGCGGCCAAAGCUUCGACGUGGUUGUGAUUAGUAACAGCUUCGAAGGAAAGAACAAGCUGCAAAGAAGCCGUCAGAUCAACACCUUGUUGAAAGAAGAGAUUGCGCAGAUUCACGCGUUCAGUUGUAAAUGCUACACGGAAGCUGAGUGGUCUAAGAUAGUUGUCUGA